AUGUCAUGGUCGAGCUGUGGCGAUACGAGUAAGAUAUCGAAUAUAGGGACGACCAAGCAUACCACCAAUGGCACCCAUUCCUCUCCCCCUUCUCUUCCUCAGACAUCCCAGCCUCUGACCCAUUAUCACUCGAAAUUAUACAGCCUCUUGAGCUGGGAACGGCCAAGUGCUACCGCUAGCUCCUUUGUUACCGUUGUUCUCUUCAUAGUUGCCAGCAGAUACCUGCCCCUACUCCGAUGGACAUUGAAGUUCCUUUAUCUCGCCCUGGGAGUGACUGCUUCGGCUGAAAUUGGUGGCCGUUUUAUCUUCUCCCGUGGGCUAACUAGCUCCACGCGUCCUCGAAAGUACUAUACCAUUCCCAAAGAUACUAUGGACAGCUUCUUGGAGGACCUUGAUAACCUGGUCGAAUUCUUCAUCAUCGAAUUCCAGCGGAUUCUCUUUGUCGAGAACUUAACCUACACUGUUUCUGCGUUUAUUACAGCCUUGGUUUCAUACUGGCUGGUAAUGUUCCUACCCCUGUGGGGAUUGGCCUUGAUUGCUACCUGCGCUGCCUACUUGGCUCCGCUGGUUUAUAUCACCAACAAGGAAUUCAUCGACAACCAGCUUGGAAAUGCACAGGAAAUUGUUGCCACCCAGGCUUCCCAUGUGAAAGAGAUGGCUGAAACUCAAACCGCACAAGCCACCCACAUCGUCAAACAGUAUGUUGGAGACUAUCGAGCUAAGGCCAACGGUUACAUUGGAUCCACCAAUGGUGCUGUUGCAGCUCUCACGGCACCUAAGUCCGAAUCCGAGGCCAGCCCCAAGGCCACCCAGGUACCUACUCAGGAAUCUACCCAGGAAUCAAACCACGAACAGCCCCAGGCACCAACCCGCGAGACUGUCGAGGAGACUGUCGAAGAAAAUUUCCGCCAAUCGACCCCUGAACCUGCCCUGGAAUCGCUCCCGGAUAUCCCAAAGACAGAGGCCCUCCCUGAUUUGCAACAAGUCACCCAUGCAGAUUUCCCUGAGGCCCCUACCGGUGAGCCUUCUGGUGAAGUCAAGGAGGCUGACACAGUACCCGAAUUGGCCCAGACCUCCUAA